AUGAGUAUUCAAUUAGUUGCCACGGAUGAGGCUUUCAAGGAAGCAUUUAAAUGUGUAUCGAAUGACCAAAAUCGCCUUGUAGUUCUGGAUUUCUUCGCCACCUGGUGUGACCCUUGCACUGCAAUUGAACCUGAAGUUGCCGAGUUGAGCAGACGCUUUCCUUCUGUUAGCUUCAUCAAAGUCGACGUUGAUACAUGCUCGGAAUGUGUUGCCAAUUUCGGUGUUGUUCAAAUUCCAACUUUCGUCUUUCUUCGUGGUGGGCAAACUAUUGAAACAAUUAGGAAACCGGACAUGGAAUUGCUACGCGCCCGCCUCAACGAAUUAACCAAAUCUUCAGGUCCACCUGCAACUUCUUCUACCUCAACCACAUCAGUUCCCACAAUUGCUCCUGUUCCUGGUCUUAUCGAUCUUGUUUCGAUGCUCGACAAGACUCGUUGUGAGUGUCUUAAUUGUCACAGUGAUCACGGACUUGAAUGUGCUUUGACGAAGGACAUGUCUUAUCUCAUGUCAGACGCCGAUGAGCAGCUCAUCAUCUUUCUCACAUUUAAUCAACUUGUGAAACUGCAUUCUCUUAGAAUCACUGGGCCUGAAGAUUCUGGGCCCAAGAACAUCAAGAUCUUCACCAAUCAGACGACCACACCGGACUUUGAUGCCUGUGAAGAUGCAACUCCGGUUCAGGCAUUUACCCUUACUCCGAGUCACCUCAAAGCCUCAUCCCUCGUCCAGCUGAAGUACGUCAGGUUCCAGAAUGUCAACAGUAUCACCAUCUUCAUUCAGGACAACCAACAGGGUGUGGAACAAACUCGAAUUACAAACCUUAUUCUCUACGGCUGUCCGGUGCAGAAUGUUACCAACAUGAAUGAGUUUAAGCGGGUCGCUGGACAGAAGGGCGAAGCGCACAGUUAG